GAAUGGGACUGUUCGCAGCAGGGCGGCUCUUGCGGUUCUGGACUUGCUGGUUCGGGUCCGGGAGGAAAUGACUCGGGGAGAUCACAGCCGAUGAAUCCGGAUCAGUGAGCGUCUCCAGCUGCAGCCCGGGUGAAAGAGAAUCCGCGUGGGGCUCGCUCCGGCGGCGGAGCUCCGUAGUCCAGACCAUGAACCUCAUCGGCAGCUACCAGCACCACCAUCUGAUGCACGACAGCUUCCCCUUCGUGCAGCGGUGUCACCAGGACGCGCCCUACCUGCAGGGCUGGCUGCUGAACCACGGGGACGCGCCUCACCCCGACCUCCACCUGCAGGCCUCCUACCCGCACGAGGUGGGGGCGCCGGGCGCGCCGCCGCCGCCGCCGCACGGCCUCCAGCUGGACGCGCUGUCCGCGCGGAUGGGCAAGAGGAGAGCCGCGGGCCCGAAGAAGGAGCGGCGGAGGACGGAGAGCAUCAACACCGCCUUCGCGGAGCUGCGGGAGUGCAUACCGAACGUCCCCGCCGACACCAAACUGUCCAAAAUCAAGACGCUGCGGCUGGCCACCAGCUACAUCGCCUACCUGAUGGAGGUGCUGGCCAAGGACUCGGGAGAGACGGAGGGCUUCAAGGCCGACAUCAAGAAGUACGACAGCAGGGAGCUGAAACGGAAACGAGAGCUGGCCGGGGGUCUGCAGGAGUCUUCGGGGGCCCAGAAGAAGAUGAAGGGCCGGACCGGUUGGCCGCAGCAGGUUUGGGCUCUGGAGCUCAACCAGUGACUCCCAGUUCCACCAGUGAGCGGAGAGGCUCCUGGUCCGACCUGCAGGAAUUAAACCACUUUGUCGUGCCACAUCAUUUCCCCAGGGGGCACUUCCGGGAGGGGGACGAGGACGAGGACGAGGACGAGGAGUGCGGACGUAGUGGCGGAAGGGACUUCAGCGCGCGUGUGUGUGUGUGUGUGU